AUGAACGGAAACCACCAAGCUCCGCGUACCAUAGAACCAGAUCACCGUCAUAACCAUGAUCAUCGAUGCAACGAUCAGCAGGGUGAAAAGAAUCAAACAUCGCCUGAUGAUGUUUUCUUUCUGUACGAUCACACGCCUGACGUCUUUGGAGAUGAGUUAAAUAAUUACACUGAUUGUGAACAAUCAUCUUAUGAAGAAAUAGCUGGUAUAGUGUCGAACAAGGACGAUUAUGAUAUGGUUACUAUAACGUUUCGUAGUUGUUUAAUUGGUGUUUUGUACGCUGGACUCGUAUCAUUAGUUAAUAAAUAUUUACUUUAUAAAAGGUAUUCCUAUUCGGUACCACCAUUUGUACUUUUACUUUUGACAUUUCCAAUCGGUAAACUAUUGGGGUGGUGUUUACCGAAAAGACACUUCAAUAUCUUGGAAUGGAAAGUUUCGUUCAAUCCAUGUCCAUUCACGAUUAAGGAGCAUGCGAUUGUUUAUAUAAUGGUUUAUAUAGCCAGUGAAAUAGUAGCAGCUAACGAUAUAGUAAUCGUUAAGCAGGCCUACUAUUAUCAAAAAACAUAUUUUGCAUGGGGACUAUUGCUCGCAUUAUCUUCACAAUUGAUGGGAUAUGGAAUGGCAGGCGUAUUGCGUCGGUUUCUUGUUUGGCCAUCACCGAUGAUUUGGCCUGCUAAUUUACCUGUGAUUGCGCUAUUACGUACACUUCAUGAAGAUGAACAAUCAACAAGUGUUCGAUGGCUAAAGCUGUCUCGAAUAAAAUUUUUUUUAUUGGCUGCUAUAUGUCAGGCGAUCUAUUACUGGUUCCCUGGUUACAUCAUGCCGGUAUUAGCGUCAUUUUCUUGGAUGUGCAUGAUUAGUCCAAAGAAUGUUAUUCUUGCUCAACUAACUGGUUAUAAUGGACUUGGCAUGGGUUCAUUGGUAUUCGAUUGGAAUAAUCUAACACAAGAUGUUGGUUCACCGAUUUUGAUUCCACGCUGGGCUCUAAUAAACGUUCUCGUUGGAUUUGUUUGCUUAAUUUGGGUUCUGCUUCCGAUUACUUAUUUUGCAGGUUUGUUUAAUUUCAAAACUGUGCCAAUUGGGAUCACUUGGUGGCACUUCACUUCGGAUGGAAAUUAUUUAACAGAAAAUGUAAACGAACUUAUUAACGCGACAUAUAUAGAAAUGCAUAAACCAAUUGUGCUCAGUUGUGCAACAGCAAUGACAGAUUACAUUACAUUUACAGCAUUAGCUUCGCUUAGUGUUCACACAGUGCUGUAUCACGGAAAAGACAUAAUUCAAUACCUUCAAACAUCAUUAAAAAAACGUGAAAAUGAUAUACAUUGUACAUUAAUGGCAAAAUAUCCUGAGGUGCCUGAAUGGUGGCACAUUGUUGUAUUUUCUGUUGCAUUUAUUUUAGCUAUUAUAGCUUGCAAGUUUGGACAUUUUAUGCCAUGGUAUUAUUUAUUUGUGGCCGUUCCAUUUGCGUGUUUAUGUGUAUUACCCGUUGGCAUUGUUCAGGCAAUGACAACCAUACCGAUUCUUCCAAUUUUUGUAGCAAGAACGAUAGCUGGGGAAAUUUUCGAAGGCGAUCCAGUUGGUCUAAUGUCAUUUAUGAUUUAUGCUUAUGAAACGAUAAUCCAAGCAUUAUUCUUAACUAGUAUUUUCAAAUUUGGGCAUUUUAUGAAAAUAUCAUCGAGAACUCUAUUCAUUGUUCAAUUAUCAAUAACUAUUGUGUCAGUGAUCAUAAAAUAUGGAAUUGUCGACUACAUUAUAGAUUCUGUUCCAAAUCUAUGUUUGGAAAAUUCUGACUGGACAUGCUCUAUUAUAAAUAAAAAGCCGUUUGUUGUAGCAGCCGUAGGUGAUUCUCAACUCAUUGGGAGAUUAUCCAUAACGGGGAAUCCGGUACCGCCGGCUGGAAGAAUUAUCACAUGGUUUAUUGUGGGCUUUUUGUUUAAUACAAUUAUAAGACAAUGGUGGUGGGAACGUUAUGCACUUUUGUUUUCAAUUGCAAUGGAUAUUGGUGUCCAAAUUUCUUCCAUUGCUAUUUAUACAUUAUUAAGUAACAAUAUAUUCUUCCCGAACUGGUGGGGAAUGGGGGGCGACAACAAUGAUGGUUGUCCUUUAUCGGAGGCUAAUUAUUAUGGCCAUAUAGCUCAGUACCCCGCUUAA